GAGGGUGGUGACAGUAUGAAGAGAUUUGCAGGAACAAAAGAAGGACAGACUUCCAAGUGCUGGCCUUCAUCUCCCCGCAAGAUGCGCCCCCCUCCAACUCUCAGCCUUCAUCUUCUUACUGUCACUGUCUCCUUCACAAGGACAGCAGCAAGAGAAAGAAAGAGAGAGGCAAGCGAAAUUCCUGAAUGGAUAGACAGAUGCUACGUCAUCGGAGCUGCAUCCUCCACUCCACAAGAGGCUAGGAGCUGGGGGGAGAGAGGCAGUCCAGCCGCAGGGGCCACCCGAACAGUCUCUCCUCCUCACAGAAGCCUGGAGCUGGGCAUCCAAGAAGAAGCAGCCUCAUUUGUUUUCUGGUGUCAUCGUAGGUGGCCACCUAUGGCUUUUGGGCUUUGGGAGUCAAGCUUCUCACCUGGGGCGGGUGGGUUCUGCACCACCCUCCCACCCUCCUUCCUCCGUGUGGACGAUAGAGCCACAUCCAGCACCACGGACAGCUCCCGGGCGCACUGGAAGCUGAGGGUUCUGACAGCGGCAGGCCACAUAGGCAAGGAAGCUGGUGCAUGCAGUGUCUCUGGGCAAGGUUAUGCAACCUUCGUCUCCUCGUCCUCCAGGCAGCACAAGCCAUUGUGGAAUCUCCACCGGGUGUACAGAACGGUGCCUCUGCGUCCUGCCACUCAGGACCUCUCAAGUCCCCGAUGUGAUGGCUCCUCAGCAUGAUCAGGAGUGAGCGUAAUUCAGACCUAUUUAGAUCCGUCAGCCCACGGACCAGGAGGACCUUGAGCAGGACAGUCUUUUGUCUCCAAGCAGUCAUUCCUUGUUAUACAAGCAAGAGUCAGGAGGAGGAAUGGUUUUGGCAUCAUCCCCCACAGACAGCAAUGGGGCCUUUAGGCCUGGAAGGAAGGACCAGGCUGAGGCUGGCAUAUGGAGGUUGAGCCCUGGGCACGGGGCAUCAGCUUCACCCGGCUGGGGAUGCCUUCUGCUGGGUUUGUCCAUCUGGCACCAGCUGGCUUCCCAGCACCGCCCCCACAACCAACCAGACUCCUUCUUCUGCUGUUGCCAUGACAAUUGGCUGCCAUAUUGUACCUCAGAGCACUAGCUCCUAUCUGGAUUUUCCCGCGGGGUUCCUAGAGGGUGGGAGAUGGGUCUCCAGGGAUUUAUCCCUUUCCCCUGAUAUCUAUCCAAUAAAAAUUCAUAAUAACAUA